AAAUAAGAUGAUUAGUCGAGCACGUCUUGACUCAUUUAAUCUCUUUGAUAAUUUCUCAUUGAACCUGUCCCAAUAAAAAGUGCGCAAAUAUACCAUUCCAAGUGGCACAGUUCAUCAUAGCUGUUCAAAAUCAAAAUCAAAAUCAAAAUCAAAAUCAAAAUCCUCAGAAUAUUACAAAUUUGGUAGCACCAACAUAAUUACAAAAAGCAACCACUAAUCAGUCUUAAUUUUAGUCGAUGUCAGUUACCAUUUUUUGGAUUUAUCAAGGGCCAAAUCUGCUCUAAAUUUGCGGCCAUCAGUCAUCAAGUCGUCUUCUUCCUCAUUAAUACAAAACAAAGGAGAAAAAAGAAAGUAGAAAAACGUCGAAAUUUCUUGCAAUUUUGAAUCUUUUUCAGUUCUGAAUAAAGAAGAGAAAUUUGGGGGAACAAAAAAAAAGUGGAAGUUUUGAUUUUUUUUUUUUUUUUUGAUUGAUCAGUUUUUGAAAUAUAAUUCUUUUUUGGGUAUUUAUUAUUAUUAUUUGGGGAUCAAUAAUUUGGUGGGAAGUAUUGAAUUUUGUGAAGUUGGAUUAAUUAGUUGGUAAUGGCGGAAGAUAAUGUAAGGGGAUUGGUAUUAGCAGUGAGUUCAAGUGUGUUUAUUGGAACAAGUUUCAUCUUAAAGAAGAAGGGUCUUCGUUGUGCUGCUGCUAAUGGCACUCGUGCAGGUCUGCUAGAUGUCAUUUCUCAAAAUGGUUGUUAAACCCACAAUAGAUAUGAACUAAUUCACCCAUAGUCAGGAAAUGGAGGCUACACUUAUUUGCUUGAGCCACUUUGGUGGGCAGGAAUGACUUUGAUGUGUAUUGGAGAGGCUGCAAACUUUGUGGCGUAUGCUUAUGCACCUGCUGUUUUGGUAACGCCACUUGGAGCAUUAAGUAUCAUAAUCAGUGCAGUUUUGGCACACUUCAUGCUUAAGGAAAGAUUGUCAAAGCUGGGUAUCCUCGGAUGUGUGUCUUGUAUAGUGGGGUCGGUGAUGAUUGUUCUUCAUGCACCACAAGAGAAAACACCAACUUCUGUUCAACAAAUCUGGGAUCUGGCCAUUCAGCCAGAUUUCUUGAUUUAUGUGGCUGCUUCGUUGUCCAUAGUGGCCGUUUUGAUUUUGCACUUGGAGCCACGCUAUGGUCUGUCAAACAUACUGGUUUACUUAGGAAUAUGUUCUUUGAUGGGUUCACUGACGGUUGUGAGCAUUAAGGCUAUUGGAAUUGCUAUUAAGCUUACUCUGGAGGGGACAAACCAACUUAUCUAUGCAGAGACUUGGUUUUUCAUGACUGUGGGAGCUAUCUGUGUCAUUACACAGCUAAAUUACCUGAACAAGGCACUUGAUACCUUUAAUGCAGCAAUUGUAUCUCCAAUAUAUUACGUGAUGUUUACAACCCUGACUAUUGCUGCAAGUGCAAUAAUGUUCAAGGAUUGGUCAGGUCAAGAUGCAAGCAGCAUAGCUUCUGAAAUAUGUGGCUUUAUUACAGUUCUUACUGGAACAAUCAUAUUGCAUGCCACAAGAGAGCACGAACAAGCUAACACUUCAGCGGAUUUGCGGGUAAAUGCAGGACCUGCAAAUCGGUACACCAGUAAGGAAAGUCAUAAAUAUGGUGAUGACGAGCAUCUCAUCACGUUGCACAACACAGACUAUUUUGACUGACAAGAUUAGAGAUAUAUGAAGACAGUUAGUUUUCUUUCAAUCAGGGAAAACAACAAUCAGUGAGUCCAGCUAAAAUUCAAGACUUGACUGCUAUUGAAUUUGUAUCGUGCUGGAAGUAAGUGCACUCCUGCACUUAAGUGAGCAUAUGGCAGAAGCAUUCAAGUGAGAGCUCGAAUUACUCGAUCUUCAUGGAUCACAUACCAAUUGAUAGCUUGAUCACAUAUCUUCGGCUUCCCCGUAGUCUUCAUAUGCACAUAGUCCAUUGUUUUACUGGAAAUUGGAGUUGUGAGGUUAUUCUGUGAUUAUGAGUUGAUCUAUUCCUUCUUAUAAAAGUUCCAUUUGUGAUUUCCUGA